AUGAAUGCGUUGGUCGAUCUGCGAGACAAGUUCCUGGGAAUCGAAGAGUGUCCACCUGAUGGCACUUCUGGCAUCCAUUCUUUCACCCGGGAAUAUCCCAAACUUCAACGUGCUUUCCCCGCGAACGGCGUCAUGUCGCGUCGAGCCUCGCGUGCUGGUGAGGCAGGUACCUCCCCUUCGAGAAUCCCAAAGAAUGCUCUCAACAGGACACGAGGCAACCCUCCUUCUGUUUUCCUAUCCCCCACUCUUUUGGCCGUGGAUCAACACGCUCUUUAUCCCGAGUCUCGUUAA